CACGAGAUUCAUCGAGUGGUACUUGGUACUCUACCCAAGGCCCUACAACCGAUUUAAACUUGAAACAAAAACCACCACCCAAAAUCACAUCCUCUGUUUCAUCUCAAUCAUGCCAUCAGGUGCUAAGAAGCGAAAAGCCGCUAAAAAGAAGAAAUCUUCCACAACUAACCCUCAAUCCCAUCAAGGAGAGAAUGAUAGCGGGGAGCUUAGUUCUCCAACGUCACAGUAUCCAUCAGUAGAGGUGAAGAAGAAAGAAGAUAAUUCAUCUGAGAACAAAUCUAACAAUAAUAUCAAGAUCGAAGAAGGGUCAAAAUCAAAGAGUUCUCAUGUCAGUAGCUCGAGUUCUAGCGCUAGUUCAGACGACGAGUCUCGUGUGGUUGAGAAGAACGUAGUGGUUGUUGAAUCGGUUCCGCCUGUUGAAUCUGUACCUGAAAAGAUUUCUCCAGUUGUUGAUCCGGUUAAGCCUGUGGAUACAUUGUUAGAAGAAGUAUCGCAAGUGUUUGACGACAUACAGAACCAGAAGAAAAAAGAUUUGGUUGUGGAGGAAAGACCGGUAGUUGUUGAAGAACAGUCGGUGGUUAUUAGUGAAGAUGCUAUGAAGGAUGAUUUACCAACUUCUAGUGUAGUUGCUGAACCCGUUUUGAAAGAAAACGAGGUGGAAAAUUUGAUUCCAUUGGAUGAAAAGGCUUCUUCGGUAUCAAAGGAAACGGAAGUUAAUGGUGCAGAUCGUGCAAAUGAAACUGAUACGACUGGACAUUCUAAUAGACAGACCCCAGCAGCUUCAGCUGCAGUAGCAGUGCAAAGGACGACCACCUGGAAGAGUUGCUGUGGAAUAUUCGAGUUGUUUUCAGGGUCCGAGAGGUGAUACCAGAGAAUGAUCAUAUCCCGCCAUGGGGUUGCUCGUCGUUUCAUAAAUCUUGCCCAAGGUAGCUCGACCUAACUCGUGGCACUUGGUUUACUUUUUUUUGUAUUUUUUUAUUAUCACAUGAUACCAGAUUAUAUUUUCAGUUAUUAUAUUUUGGUGGGUUUGUUAUGGAGAUGAGUUUCGUGUUACAUAUGUUGGUGUACCGAGAAUUAUGGCUACAUGUUCUCAGUUAUUCGAGUCAAGAGUUUGGUCAC